ACCAACCAUCACUCGUGUUCAACAUUUUACGUGCAACAGGUCUCUUGAGCCUUUGGUGAGACUUCGUUAUUUGUGAUCACCUGUAAUAAUCGUGUGCUACGCUUAUUCACGUGUUGUGUAGCUUCUACGGUAUUCUGUUAAAUGCCAUCCAACGCAUUGGUUUAAACUGAUCCACAAUUAUACGCCUAUCUAUCAAUAGUCCGUCGACUAAUUAAAAGCAAGCUACCCUUACACGUGGUAACGAAGACGAGUGCAACAAUGCCUGGUCAAGAAAGUGUGAAGGUGGCGGUGCGCAUCCGACCCAUGUCCCAGUCUGAGCUAGCUCGCGGCUGCCAGACCGUGGUAAAGCAAGCAACCCCAAACUUCCCGCAUCUGCUUGUGGGCAACGGGCGCACACCGUGGCACCCUUUCGCCUACAACUACGUCUUCCCGCCCAGCGCUUUGCAGUCCCAAGUGUACGAAGAGGCUAUUUCACCAAUGCUGCACAAGCUGUUCGCAGGCUACAACGCGACAAUCCUUUCGUACGGACAGAGGAGCUCGGGCAAAACGUUCACAAUGGGAACAGACUUUAUUGGCGAGAUGGAUAGCAACGUGGGUGUGAUACCGCGAGCAAUCAACGAGAUCUUUUGCCUUAUUGCGGACGGCACGGAGGCGGCGGUUGCACUCGUCGACACGCGAAUCACCUGCUCAUUCAUCGAGGUGUACCAAGACCAAGUGUACGAUCUGCUCACGGAAAAUGCGAUCGAUAUCGAGCGGCAUCCGGUCAAUAUACGGGAAGCGGCCGGCGGGAACAUCAUACUCGAGGGGCUGACCGAAGUGCCGGUGAACGACAAGCAGUGUGCAUUAGACUGUUUGACGCGUGGUUCGUUCGGCCGAGCGUCGCGUAAUCCCGCAAUGAACAACGUGUCCACUCGCAGCCACGCGAUCUUUACGCUCACGAUGCACCACACUGCCAAGGACGAUCCGACCAUGGUGACACACUCCAAGUUCCGAAUGGUGGAUCUAGCCGGUUCGGAGCGCUCUAAAAAGACGAAAUCGUCAGGCAGCAGGUUCAAGGAAGGAGUCGAAAUUAACAAGUGUCUGCUGGCGCUCGGGAAUGUGAUCACGGCGCUGGGCAGCAGCGUCAGGUCGAGCAAGGGGCACAUACCGUACCGCAGCUCGAAGCUGACCCGGUUGCUGCAAGACUCGCUGGGCGGAAACUCGUACACGCUUAUGAUUGCAUGCGUCUCACCGACCGACUACAACCUGUCCGAUACGUACAGCACGCUGCGUUAUGCGAGCCAGGUGCGCACGAUAAAGAAUAAGCCGAUUAUCAACCAGGAUCCGCCACAAGCCCGCAUCAAGCAACUGAAAGCCAUCAUACAUGACAUGCGUGAGGAGAUUCUGUCGCUGAAGAAGGACGAGGAUAAGAAAUUAGGGGCUCCGCAACAUGGGAAUGCUGGACUUACAAGUAGCACGUCCCCCAGCUAUAAGCAACUGCAGGAAGAGAACCGUUUGCUACAGCUCCAGUUGCAGGCAAAGAUGCAAGAGCUGGAAGCAAACGAGAUACGCGUAACAUCGGCAGACAGGUUUCUAGAGGACAUCGAGCAGUUGUUGAAGCCGCAGGGCAAGGCAGGUGUGCCGAAAGACGAAAUGCAUAGCAAGCUGGCUGCUCUGCUAGCACGUGAGAAGCGCUCGAAGAAGAUUGAGGAGUGUUGGCACAAGUUGCAACAGCUCGAGACGGAGGUGGCCGAUCUAUUCCGGCCGAGUGUGAGAAUAGCGAGUGAGCAAGCGAAGCUCAAAGAAGAGGACGCGAAGCGGAUCGCCGGCAACCUAGAGCGCAUCGACAUAAAUGAACCUUUUGAGCUGGGUAGGCGGCUGGCUGCGACACUGGCUGAAUGGCGCAACCUAACCGAAGGUAACACUCACGACCAGGCGGUGAUGCGUAGGGCUGAGGCAGCUUGCUGGGUAUGGCAGAUAGAUAAAGUUAUGUUCAGUACAGUCAAGGCAAUGGUGCCUCUGUUCAAGCUGCAAAACGAGCGUGCCGAGAAGGUUAAACACAUCGAACAGAUUAAGGCGCAGUGUGCGAGGCUUCAGGAGGGGAGCGCCAAACACAAGAAGCUCCGUAGGCAGAUUCUGCAAAACGAAACAGACCUUGAAUAUAGCAAUACGCAGAUCAACGACCUGCAAACGAAUAUAUUGGCUACUUGCUCGGAAAGCCUGCCGAAGAUAAUCGAUGACAGGCUGGCAAAGCUGCCGGAUGGAUCAAAAGUGUUUAAUCGCAUACUGAUAAAACUUGUAGAGGCAUCCGCGUUCAUAAUUGUGGCAUGA